AUGGUGUUACUCAAUUAUAGCACUGUCAUCUGCAUGAUCUGCUUGGAGAAGCCCAAAUAUUGCCACCCAACCUGCCACAUGCCCUACCACUCGGUGACCUGCUUCUGGAAGCACAAAGAGCAAUGUAAUUCUAAAACUCGUUCUGUUGAGAAAAAAAUAAGAUCAGCUGUUCCUGCAGAAUCUAUAAAGCCUGUGGAAAACAAAGAUGAUGACGACUCAAUAGCUGAUUGUCUCAAUAGUGAUGAGGAAGAGGACAGAGUUUCUUUGCAGAGUUUAAAGAAUUUAGGGGAAUCUGCAAUGUUCAGAAGCUUAUUGCUCAAUCCACACCUCAGACAGUGGACUGUCAGCCUUGAUCAGGGUGACAACAAAGCAAAGCUAAUGAGAGCCUACAUGCAAGAGCCCUUGUUUGCAGAGUCUGUGGACUGCUCUUGA